GUCAGCACGCUUAGUUUUAGGAGAUUAGAUUUUUAAUUUUGGAAAAACUGUAAACUUUAUAUGCCUUUUCAAAUUUCUCGUAUAUAAACUCUAAACAAGAGCAUUCAGUCUAUAGCUGUGCACACUUUAGUAGGUGUGCGCAAAUCAACCAACCAAUAUACUACCUAGUCAAGUAAUUGUGGCGGCCAGUGGAGCCAACUGUAAUCCUGGGCUGGCGCUGUCAUUCAACGGUGUUGGGCUCCCGAUCUAUUCGAAUACUGCAUCGAUGACAAAUGGCCCUGAAUUUUCGCCUUCAAACAACACCAUAAUUACAUCAAUCUACAAUUCUACAUCGCGAAGUCAACAGGAACAGCUAUUAAACGCAACUGACUUGGAACAAGAGGCAUUUGCAUCAACUAGCAACGUAACGGAGACGAAGCCGGAAUCGGAUCCGCGCUUGGCAGUCAUACAGCGUGCACUUGACAUAAUUGUGGAGACCUGCCGGGGUCGACAUUUGAACAGUCUUUGGGCCGUUCUGCUGUUACUGACUAAACUGAACGAUGUACGCGAUUAUCUGGUGACUUCCAUUAGAACUGAGCCAGCGACUGCAUACGAAACGUCUGUAUUGCUGAAUGAGAUCGAUUUGAAAAUAAAAACCCUAUCGACCAAAAUCGAAAAAGUCAGAGGCGGACCCAAUCCACAUCUCGAUCCGAUGGGCUUUGAUAUAAUUAACUGGAUACGUCACUGGUUGCCAAGCGGCGGCCGCAAUUCGAAGAACAGCAAGGAGCCACCCAAUACUCCAGCUGAAGACAGCGAACGUAGUCGCAAACGAUCUUACCCAAGCUUGGCUGGCGAGGGUGAAACUCUACAGUUGAUCAAAUAUCGCCGCGUGGAUAACACAUUUCCUAAAUAUAUGCCGAAUGACGUUGAUAAUUUUUGCCGUAUGGCAAACCCAACCCAGCGCAAGGAGCCAGAGAACAACAACAGCAAUCGCAAUGCCUUCCAGUCGCAGCCGAAGCGCCUCUCGAUAUUUAACACGCCGCCAACACGGCAAGUGAAUGUCCGCAACACACAGCCCACUUCGCCGAUAGAUCUGUCCGACUCGGACGAUCAGCAGCAUAAUGAGAGUAACUUGUAUCAAACGUUCGCUGAUCGUCUGGGCACAAGUGGUCAGCCGGCGGCGCGUCAGAAUGAGUUUGGACGCAUCUCGUCAGCUAGACGUAACAACUUGCUCUACUCCGACGCCUUGCGUUUCGGCACAAACGGUUUUUCGACCAACAUCAACUACCAGCGUCCCUCUAGUAGCCUCGCGUCGUCCGAGGCGCGCCUAAAUGGGCACAGCAGCAAUAUGUUUGAGUCGGGAGGUCCUGGAAAAGAUUCCAUAUUGGCGCUAGAGGAACAGCGCAAUGAGCACAAUCAGUAUGUCAAUCUGAUCAAUAAUUUAACACUUCAUGAUCGCGAAUAUGCACGGCGUGCCGCCGCUGCACGCGAAAAGGAGAAGCCACCGCCGCCGCCGCCGUUGCGUCCGAUUAGCCUUAAUAACACUGACUGGAUGCGCGCCUAUAUUAAGAACAAGGCCGAGCACGGUGUGGCUGGACGCUCCGAAUAUGCUAAGCUCUUAAAUUUCAAUUCGAAAGCGGAUGCAGUUAAGUCAGCCGACCCACUAAGCACAAAAGUGCCGGCAAUUCCCAUUCAGGGCUACUUGAAGAGCGACAACACUGACAACAGCACAAAUGUCGAAAAGCCGUCAAUCCCGAGUAUCGUAGAUGACGUCCCCGGGCAACUAUCGGAAAAUUCGAAACAGAUUUCGCAGCCGCAGCCGUCAUCGUCUAAAGAGUUAGCAAUGCCACGCACUAAAGCACUGCAGUUUCGCAUCAGCAAGUCGAUCUAUUUCGACGACAACUAUGGUAAUGUAUUUAGCCAGAAGUGUACCAAGACACAGGAGGAGGUGAAUCGCACUAAGAACCUGGUGAUUCAGGAAGCUGAGAGGCGAACUGAGGAACGUCGCGCAUUUGAACAAGGGCUGCGUGAGAGCCUGGCCAAGCGACGCUUUGUCGGCCACACAUUAUUUGUGUUGGAAAAUUAUUCGGUCGAGGAGGAUAGCAAACCGGAGUUUAUUCCAUGGACCGAUGCCCAUCAGCAGCGCUAUAAUGAGCUAAUAUUCGGCAAGCCCGACCAGGUACUUAUUUCGAAGUUCAGCCUCAGCAUUACUCGCAACGAUAUUCGCACACUGUCUGGCAGUUCCUGGCUGAACGAUGAAGUUAUCAACUUCUAUAUGAAUCUAUUAACUGAUCGCUCCCAGCGUAAUGAGGGCAAGCUGCCCAGCGUGUAUGCCAUGAAUACGUUCUUUGUGCCACGCCUAUUGCAAGGCGGCUACGGCAAUGUGAAGCGCUGGACUCGCAAGGUUGAUAUAUUCAGCAAGGAUAUUAUUCCGGUGCCGGUGCAUGUCAGCAACGUCCAUUGGUGCAUGGCCAUUAUACACAUGAAAAAUAAGACCAUACGCUAUUAUGAUUCUAUGGGUAAACCAAAUUCGGAGGUGUUGAGCGCCCUGGAGAACUACUUGCUGGAGGAGUCGCUGGACAAGCGCAAGAAGCCAUUCGAUACUAGCGACUUUAUUAUCGAAAAUGUCCAAAAUGUGCCCCAUCAGACCAAUGGCAGUGACUGCGGUGUCUUCAGCUGUAUGUUCGCUGAGUAUAUAACACGCAAUAAGUCGCUCACGUUCUCCCAGGAGCACAUGGAGUACUUCCGCAAGAAGAUGGCCCUCGAGAUUUGUGGCGGAGAGCUCUGGAAUUAGGUAGCUUCAUAUGCCCAGCAAGUAGUAUACAUCAUUAUCAUUAAUUAAGUACAUCAAAUCC